AUGGGGCGCCUGACGGAGGCGGCGGUAGCCGGCGGCGGCGCUUCAGCUGCGCGCUCGGCCGGGCCCCCUCCCACACCCCUUCCCCUCUCUUCCACCUCCCCCGGCUGCGCGGCCACCAUGGCGUCCAGCGAGGAGGACGGCACCAACGGCGGCGCCUCGGAGGCCAGUGAAGAGAGGGAGGCCACGGGCAAGAGGAGGCGCCUCGGCUUCUUGGCCACCGCCUGGCUCAUCUUUUACAACAUCGCCAUGACCGCGGGGUGGUUGGUCCUAGCUAUUGCCAUGGUACGUUUUUAUGUGGAGAAAGGAACACACAGAGGUUUAUAUAAAAGUGUUCAGAAGACACUUAAAUUUUUCCAGACAUUUGCCUCUCUUGAGAUAGUCCACUGUUUAAUUGGAAUUGUACCUACUUCUGUGCUUGUGACUGGGGUCCAAGUGAGUUCAAGAAUCUUUAUGGUGUGGCUCGUUACUCACAGUAUAAAACCAAUCCAGAAUGAGGAGAGUGUGGUGCUUUUUCUGGUCGCGUGGACUGUGACAGAGAUCACUCGCUAUUCCUUCUACACAUUCAAUCUUCUCAACCACUUGCCAUACUUCAUUAAAUGGGCCAGAUAUAAUUUUUUUAUCAUCUUAUAUCCUGUUGGAGUUGCUGGUGAACUUCUUACAAUAUAUGCUGCAUUACCGUAUGUGAAGAAGUCAGGAAUGUUUUCAAUAAGACUUCCAAACAAAUACAAUGUCUCUUUUGACUACUAUUAUUUUCUUCUAAUAACCAUGGUCUCAUAUAUACCAUUGUUUCCACAACUCUAUUUUCAUAUGUUACGUCAAAGAAGAAAGGUGCUUCACGGAGAGGUGAUUGUGGAAAAGGAUGAUUAACUGAUCCUACAAAUGAGGUGAUUUUUCCAGAAUAACCAGGAUUACUUGAGUCCAAGUUUUAAUAACAAGAAUAAACAACUUCAUGAAAUAUCAUGGAUUGUAUGAUUUCUUAAAAUAUAACUUGAAACACAUGGUUUUUGCCGGUAUUUGUCUUCACAUUGUGCCCAAUCCAUUUUCUACAAGAACUAUGCAGGUAUUACCAACUCCUGAGUAGGAGUCAAGCAUGAAGAAAAUAAUUGGGCCUAUUACCUUAAAAAAAAAAAAAAAAUUUUUGUUAAUUUUACUAAAUAUUUUGGCAAUGUAUGCUCAAAACUUUUUAAAUCAAUAUUUAGAAAUUUGUUUAAUGAUUUAACAUUAUGGUAUUUAUGUGAUAUUUACAAAUGAAAGUAAAUACAGAAUUAUAAUAACUUGUUAAUAAUGUAUCGGUAUUUCUUGAACCCAGGAUCAAUUUUUUAAAAGUUAUGCAGCAGCAUUUAUGAUUAAUAAGAAUUGUGGAAGCAUAGACAUAAUUUGCUAUGGUAAGACGUUCGAUACAAAGUGGCAGCGUAAAAAUAUUCAAAUAGAUGUCACAAUUGGAAGGUUUUCUUUGAAAAUAUGUCUAGUCUGUUGAAAUUAUUUCUACCACUAAGUAAAUUUAUUUUUGUUUGAAUUAACCACUCAAGGACCAUCUUUCUGACUUUAAGUACUUUAAGGGGUUAGAAAGAGUGUAGGUAUAUACUUGUCCCCAUUUGUUAAAAAAUACCAUGGCAUCAGACCAUGUUGUACUCAGAGCCCUGGUUGAGAAAGGCUGCUGUGUACUAUGGAGUUGUCUUGUGAAAGUCAAGCUUAUAACAACCCCUUUGUACUUGUUAGGUAACUAACAGUUUCAGGGUGUGAACUGAAAAAGACAUUUUAUUCUGAAUUCCAUUAUAUAGCAAAAAGUCUUAUAAUAAAGCUCCUGUCUACAUGUUUAAUAAUAAAAAAAAAAUACACUGCAGAUUCUUUAAUACUGCUUUAAUUCAUAAGUAGGUCGUUUAAAACUGUACCCCUUUAUUAAGGCAUGCUGAUUGACUCAGUUAAGAGAGAAUAUUAAAUACAUGAUUAAAAGAAAAUGAACCUUCUGCCUACUGGAGAUAUGUGGGUGUAAUUUUGGCUUUAAGUGUUCUAUAUUGUUCACAAUCAACAUGUAAUACUGUAUUUUUCAAAAUCACUUGUUUUGUGUUACCACCUCCUUUUCAAAUUUUUUUUCAUGUAGGUUUGUAGUUCAGAAUGUUUUUGCAAACUGUUUUAAUAACUUAAUUUUUCAAAGGUGCUGUUUCUUUUAUUAUAUUAUGUUUUAAUAUUUCCUCUGUAGCCGAAUGUUUUAAUGAGCAAGAUGUAUUAGGUUACUAAUUCUCAAAAUACUGUUCGUUCUGCUCUUACUCUCUUUGGUCAGCUUUUCAUUCUGAAUUUUUAUAUGGCAGAAAUGCUUAGCAAGUUAUUUUGAUAGCUUAGUAUAAGAAGUUUACUUAUUUAUCUUAUUGGAAGUCUUGUGAAAAAUAUUUUAAAUCCUAUUCCUGAAAUUUGAAAUAAUUUAAUUUCGACUCUGUUCAAGAAGCUGUAAUACCCUUGUUGUUUUUUUUUUCUUCCCCUUAAGAUGUAGAAUAUCUUGAAGUAGGAAUUGUAAUUUAAUAAAGAUGAAAAAGCAUCAACCUACUCAAUGACCUAUAUUAAUAUACUGAACGUCUAAACUUUAGAUUUAGUUUAUCUUCUGUAUCUUUUACAUUCAAGCAGUUCAAAACUGUCAUUUGUGUAGAAAACAAAGUGCUAAAAGGUAGUUUGAUUUUUAAAAGAGAAUGUAUUUGAAAUUCCUUUGCCCUUGCUCUGUGUGACCCCAUCUUUGGAUUUGAUCCUACGUCACCAUAACUUCCUUUUUAAAAGGCCAGCCAGGGCUUGAAUCAACUAAAGCUUGAAUUGAUGCUCAUUUUGUAGAAAGUCCCUCAAUUUGAGUUUGUUUGAUGUUUCCUUGCAGUAAGAUUUAAUUUAUCCAUUUUUUUUGGCAGGAAUGUUUGUUAACUUUGGUGUUUUAGGGUUUUUUUGAUUUAAUAUUUUGGUUGCAGGGUAGCAUGUAGGUAUUUUAAUAAUAGAAGUCCUUUUGAUCUAAUUCGUAGGAGUCUGCCUUUGAAAUAAAACAUUUUAUUUCAAAGUUUUUUUUUUUAACCAAAUUAAUAUGCCUGUGUUCUGAUACGUGAAGAUUGGUGUCUUUAUAAGUGCUUAAAAAGUACUAAAUCUUUAUAUUCAUGUAAUUUCCAGGCAUAUUGUUAACUCAAUCUUUAUAUUGACUUUAUGCCCCUAGAUUAUGCUCUCUCAAACUCAAUGGUGAAUUAAUAUACUUUGGUUUUGUUCAAAAUUUCUUUACAGCAUUCUGUUCUACAUUUUGUACUCUUACCAUAUUCAGCCUUACUAACAUUAUGAAUAAUACAAUAUUGAGAUUGUUUCACUUAUGAAAAAUGCCUUAUUAUUUAUUUCUUGAUUUAUGAAAGUACCUUACCCCUAAAUUUUUAAAUGCAAUUUGGACAAUUAAAAAUUAUUCUUAAGCUCUCUUAACACUUGUGGUUUUCCUUGGAGGAUCAUGACCACAGAAGCAUGUUUCUCAGACCACAGUUUUUCUGAGUCGUCUGAGGACCCUAGAGCCCUUACCUUUAGUGAUUUCGCAACAGUUGCUGUGGGGUAGAGAAAUUGGCAUUUUUAGCAAGAUGCUAAGCAGUUCUGAUGCGGGCAAUUGAAUUGUUCCACCCGCCUUGGAAAAGUACUGUAACAGGGAAAUAGCCAUAGGGGAUGGCAGGAAGAAGACGUGCCACAAAUGCCCUAUCAGUGUACUUGAUAUAACUGAAAAAAAAAAAAACAGUCGUACACCAGCCCUUUAAUUUCGAAUCAGAAUGAAGAUGUAGUUCCAAGUUUAUAAAAUGAAAAACUUGAUGUUCGCAUACUAUGGAGUAGUAAGACAUUUUGUAUGUUCGUUUUUUUUUUUAUAUCUUAAAAAAAAACAAAAAAACUGAUUCAGUUUAUUUGUCCAUUCGUUUGAGUGAUGUGGAGCAUGAAAGUGGUAACGAGUAAAAUCCAAAGCAGUAGUCAGGUUUUUUUGUUGUUGUAUGGAAUUUAAUAGCUUGAAAUAAAUGGACAGUUAGAAACUC